AUGAUAACUUCCCCAUAUGGCUGUUGGUCCCUGGGUGGCAGUGGGCCAAUCCUUAGAGGAGAGCUCACCAGCACCACGGGCAGCACACAUUUGACACAAGGGACCUCUGAAGUCACGAACACAUUCUGCCUGUGUUUAAAGCUGUGGCCCAUGCCUGGAUGCUGGAAUAUAGACAGGAGUCAAGCAGACAUAAAUCCUUGCCCUCAUGGAGCUAAGCUUCAGCUAGAGGAGAUAAACAAUGGGAAGGGGAGGGGGAGCAGGCAUGCAAAUCAUCUUAAGAAGCCGCUGAUGGAAGAGUCUCCCCUUUGGAAAGGCCAUCUCCCUUCCCAUCAUCUCCAUCCCGUAGAGAGGAAAACCCAGGCUUGGCGUUGGCAGUCAGGUAGUUCCUCAGAACUGAAACCACCUAACCAGCAUCCCCCACCCCCCACCGCCCCUCUCCCACCCCCCUUGCCGACUGGAAGCAACCAUGACAUGGUGCUCAGAGCCCUUGCAGAGGUGUGCUGUGGUCUCUCUGAGCUCAUCACGGCACCUUCCUAUGCAGGAGUUUCAAUUCAAGAAGCUAUGCAAGCUUAG